CUCAAGUACAAGAGAAGGGAAGAGGGAACCCCUUUCCUUGAAGAAACAAGUGCCACAAAAGGCAAUGGAUUGCCAUUUCCCUGACACCUUAAAUGCCUAGCCAUAACCCCUUUGAGACCCCUGCUCAUUUGGAGAGUGAAGGAGUACCCCCAACUUAAUGACAGCACCGCACACGUUACAAUAGCUCUCAAGGGGUUAACGCAAGUCGCGCACAGACGCCCAUGGUGCAGACAAACUCAGUGAUACCACAUUAUUAUUGCGCACAGGUCAUGAACAUUUAUUCGUUUCACUCCAUGUCAGGUUAAAAUACAUAAACAGACGCAGGUUUUGAGCUUUACUCAAUUACAGCCCCUCAUCGACAAAAUAAUGUAACAAACUUAUUUAUCACAUAGUGCGUAAAGUUUGCUGGCUGCUGCUCUGCUCUCUUGCUCCUCCAGAGAAAGGCGGGGUUGUAGCGAAGUCUGUUCAGAGGUAGAAACAAACCCACGCUGUCAAGCCCGGAACAGAGAGAGUGGUGGACCCGGAACAGACUAAUAUCUGAGACAAUUAUGCACGGAGUCUAGAUAAAGGAGUGACUGAGUCCUUCAAGUUUAUGACAAACAGUUCUUUAACUUAUGAAAAUACAGUGCUACAAUACUUUUGAAUGUAAAUAUUCGUUUGUUACAGAGGUGAAUUGCAAAACUUCCCAAACUCAAAGAUCUAUCGAAAUUCAAAAGGACAUUUCCAAGGAAACAUGAAGGAAUUAUCAUAUUUCUGCCAGAGGAUGAUUCGGUUUGCUCUUCUUCUAACAACAGUCUCAGCUACCAAGAUGAACGUACCACGACUCAGACUUUCAUACAAAGACCUUGUAGCCACCAACCGGUCCUCUAUCUUCAGUGGUCACCACGGUCAGCUUUCCCUGAGCGCUGUGUUUCUGGACGAGUACCAUGACCGCCUGUUCCUGGGGGGCAAAGACGUCCUCUACUCCCUGAGACUGGACCAUACCAACCUGGACUCCAAAGAGAUCUACUGGCCUCCGUUGCCUGGUAACAGAGAUGAAUGUGUCCAGAGAGGGAAAGAUUCUCAGACGGAGUGUGCCAACUUUGUGCGCCUGCUGCAGCCCUAUAACCGCACCCACCUGCUGGCCUGUGGUACGGGUGCAUUCCAACCCAUGUGUACCUAUGUGUACGUGGGCUACCGUGGAGAGGAGACUUCAGAACUUCCUGUGACUGUCCUUAGGAGAUUUUAA